AAAAAUAUUUUUAUUUAUUAAAGUAAAAGAAAUUAUCGGUCCAAAGUUCUUCCACUUCUCUUGUCAUCAAGUGACGUCGAUCCUGAUGAAGUUCUUUGUGAUCGUUAUUUAAAAGUUACUGAACAAAAAGGUUGAUAAUAAUCUUAGUUGUAGACCACAAAUUAAAGUUUAUAAGAGUUCGAAAAUUCUAUAGCAAUCAUCAAUAAUUUCGCUGACAUAUAUACGAUUUGCAAUUCUUCAUUAAUUGUUGCUGGCAGCGAGCGUUGCGAUGGAAAAAGUGAAAAUUCGUGUUCUCAAUUUACUCUAUGGACACGCCAAGAUCGUUUUGUACCUCUACGCCUUGACGAAGUAUUACUUGGAUAAGCAUAAACUAUGCCCAGCAUUCAUCAAGACCGAGCCGUGUCUUUACGUCUUGACGGCGAUCUUCCUCUGCUUCACGCACGCAGUUUUUCUGGUUUUUCGAAUUUAUCGUUUCUUUGUGCACGUCCUUUUGACCUGCAAAUUGGGAAGCGAUUUCUGCCAGAUUUUCGAUGGAACCGACACGGUUUUCAUGGUGGACACUCCCGAAUCUCCGGCUCACGUCACGGUCCUCUUCCAAAUGGAAUCUGAAGAAAACGGUAAUCAGUUUUACACGAUGAUGUCCGAAGGAAUGUUUGCGAUCUUCUCUAAAAUUGAAAAACUCACUUGGAGUAAAAACAUGUUCAUGGGAUAUUGGUACUACAAAAAGUUGACUACUUUUCGAUUAACUGACUUCGUUAGUCAAUUGAAAUGCAGCAACUUGAGCGAACUGCAAACGGAAAUCAGCACUUUAUCCACGAAGGAGUUUCCUUUUGGGAAUACGGCUUUAUGGGCUAUUUCGAUUGGGAGCAAACGAUUGGAGGAUGGUACUUUUCCUAUAGUUUUUCGGUUCCAUCAUUGCUUCGGUGAUGCAGUUACGCUUUUCAAUAUUCUCAAUAAAGAAUUUAAUAACAACAAGAUCAUCGUGAAGAAGGAACAGGUUUUGAGAGGCUUUGAUCGUCGCGACAAUUUCAUAACAGCGUUUCCAAUCCUUGAUCCAGGCGAUGGCGGGAUAUUCUGCAGCGAAGCGAUAGGAGGAAACAAGACUUUGGUGUGGUACACCGAAAAAGAAGCCAAACUUCUGCAGUGCAUAAAGAGCGUAAAGAAAUCGUUAAAAGUUAAUUUUAUUGAUGUAAUAUUAACAGCCGUAUUGGCUUCAAUGGAAGAUUAUGCUAAAACGAAAACCGUUAAUUAUUCCAAGCAAAUAAGUGCAAUGUUCAUCGCCCUUCCCAACGGAAAAUUCGAUGAGUACGGCGACGUCGAUUACAAAUGCAGCAAUAAAUUCACGUUAGGUUUCACCAAAUUACCGCUGAAGAUGCCUUCAAACAAAGAUCUGUUGCAUCGUUUGAAAUUGGUCCACGAAGCUUACGAUAUAGUUAAAAACAAAUCGUUGGAUUUAUUCUUUAACAGAUGGAACGGCACGAAAGUUUUCACUUUCCUAACUUUCUCAAUGAUUAAAUCGUCUCUCCUGCGACCCGGACCCUCUUUAAUUCUCAGCAACAUCCCCGGAUGCAAGCAUCUAAAAUUCUUCGGUUGCGACGUCAAGGAGUUCGUAAUUUUUGACGAAAACGUAUUGGACAGCGGUUUUACCUUGAUGCUGUCAACGUACGAGAACAGACUGAGUUUUGGGUUCACCAUCGACAAAACCAUCGUUCCCACAUUGAAAGAAUCCGAGACAAUCUGUCUAAAUGUCAUCAAACACAUCCAGGAUUUGUCUACAACUAUUUAAUUGCAAUCUAUUCAUCUUAGUGAUUUCACAACAAAAUAAUUAGUAUUUUUUUAUUAUGAAAUAGUUAAAAUAGUUUCUUCAAUAAAUAUUUUACUUUUU